UGCAUUUCAUAAUCUUUAAAAAAUCUUACAAAUCUGACUAAAGUUAGAGUCUUUGCCCAAAAAACUAAAUUAUAUACAUAAUGCAGCUAUCCGAGGGAGUUAAGGAGCGUCUGGGAGCUGUCGUCGGUGUAGUCCAGACGACAUUCCACUGGGGAUUCGUGCCAAUGGUGUUAUAUCUCGGUUUCUCCAAGGGAGCCGAGCCCGGCAUGCCACCGUUGUCCAUCCUGAGCCUGUUGUGGCAGUAAAAACUAGAUAAGCGCACACUCCAACCCGAAACAUGCUGUGGAAAUUCCAAUAUGUAACGCGUUGUGUGCCAUCAUUUUAGUACAAAUUGGAUUUCCUGGCAUUUCACUAUUACCUAAAGCUAUCGCAAAUACAUUUUUGUUUAUAAAA